AUGAGAAUAUACCAGUGUCAUUUUUGUUCAUCUCCUGUUUACCCUUUACAUGGUAUUACUUUUGUUAGAAAUGAUGCUAAAGAAUUUAGAUUUUGUAGAUCAAAAUGUCAUAAAGCUUUUAAACAACGUAGAAAUCCAAGAAAAUUAAGAUGGACAAAAGCUUUUAGAAAAGCUGCUGGUAAAGAAUUAACUGUUGAUUCUACUUUAACUUUUGCAAGUAGAAGAAAUAUUCCAAUUAGAUAUAAUAGAGAUUUAGUUGCAAAAACUUUAGAAGGUAUGAGUAGAAUUGAAGAAAUUAGACAAAAAAGAGAAAGAGCUUUCUAUAAAAAUAGAAUGAGAGGUAAUAAAGAAAGACAAUUAGCUGCUGACAAAAAAUUAGUUGAAGAUAAUCCUGAAUUAUUAAAAAUUAGAGAAGUUGAAUUAAGAAGAAAAGCUGAAAGACAACAAGCUAAAGAAAAUGCAAUACAAGAAGAUGAUGAAGAAGAAGAGGUAGAAGAAAUAGAACAAGAUGAAGAUAUGAUAGAUGAAGAUGAAGAAAUGAUGUCUGAAUCUGAAGGAGAAUCUGAAGAAGAAUCAGAAAAGAUAAAACAAAAUGUAUUAUUAAAAAACAAAACCAAAAGAAAAUUAAACAAAUAA